GCGAUCUAAAAUCUUGCCUCGGGAUUGUCCCUCUUGAAUCCUGAUUCAGAUUUUUCUUUCAGAUUUUUCAACGAACUCUUUCAGUAGCAGAUUAUUCUCUGGUUCUAGUGCCAGCCAUGGCUUCUUUGAGAGUUCUUACUCUGCUCGUUGUAGCACUCGGUUUCCUGAGCGUCGCGCAGAAUGUGAUCGCCGAGACAGCGGAAUCUUCUGCUGAGGUCCCAUUCCUGCUGGUGUCUAAAUCCGUGAAGAUCAAGAAGAUCAGGGAGGACAAUGAGGACAUCACCGUGAACAUUAAGAUCUACAACGCCGGCGGAAGCAUCGCGUACGAUGUCUCAUUGGACGACGAGAACUGGCCGUCGGACCUGUUCGAGGUGGUCGGCAACGCCACACACUCCUGGGACUCCCUCGCCAUGGGAACAUCCGUUUCGCACUCGUACGUCGUCAAGCCCAAGGAGAAGGGCACCUUCGUCACCCCGCCGGCUACCGUCAAGUUCCGGGUCACGUCCCAGGCUCAGCUUCUGACGGCCAAGUCCACGGGCGUGCCUGAGCUGGACCUGCUGGCUCCUGAGGCUCAAGGCGCCAAGUACCUCUGGCUGAAGGACCUAGCCAUUCAGUUCGGGCCUCUGGUGGGAGCCCUCUCCCUCGUGGGCGUGGCUCUCCUCAUAGUCUUUGCGCCUAUCACCUCCAAGCGCUCCUCCAAGAAGCGCCGAUAGAGAAGAUCCGUGUUUCUUGGAGUGAUGCCCUUCCCAUCAAAUAGUAUAGUAGUGCUUCCCCGUGACUGGUGCACUCCAGCGGAUCGUGCCACUAACUUUGGUCGAACUCACAGGUCACUGCAGUGAUGCUUCGACUGGUACUAUCCUCGCAUCACAUCGCUCUGGUUUUGCUGUGAGCCAUGGCUGGUGCCCUUAUGGGAUUUAAGGAUACUAGAUGGGUUGAAGCUGCAUUCAUGAGGCUACGUUUUGCAGAGUGAAGCUACUGGUGCUGCCCUGAAAUACAAUUGUUGCAAUCAGUGUCAAACAUCUCCUUGUAUGAUGUUAUAGACUACACAGGGUUGUGCCUUAGAGAGUACAACCCACAAGGUUAUAUUCCCUUGUAUGCAAUGGUUC